AUGAUGCCAGGCGUAGUAUCAAGAGAUCCAAGUCUAUUGCUCAAGUGCCAGGAUUUUCUCUUACAUCCAACUGUGCGUACAUUAUCACUGGCCCAACGUGUGGAUUUCCUCGAGAAAAAGGGGUUAUCACCAGAGGAAAUCACGCAGUGUUUAAAGAGUAUUGAGCAACGUAAUGGUCUGUCCCGAUUAGCGCAACGUACGGCGAAAGAUCUAGCAACGCAUGUGGAUAUUUCCAGGCUCAGAACGCUGAAAUUAGCAGUCAAUUCGCCAUUGCAGCUGCUUCAGUACGUCGUCAAGAAGUACGGCAUUGUCAUGCUGUUGUUAAUGCUACUGGGCUAUGGCUAUGUACAGUUUCGACAGAGUAAAAUGGAUCAAUUGUUGCUGCAACGUCAAGGAGAGAAGACACGGCGUAGCAAACGUCUGCAUGCAAGAGUUGAGGCAUUGCUGGAUGUGGUAAAGCAUCAGCAGAUGCAGUACAAGCAGGCAGCGGAGCUUUUACGAGCACGAGUGACAAAGGUUUUAGUAUCUGAAGAGACGACAAUAAACAUGGCGACCAUGUUGAAGACCAAUUCAUCCGUGACGCAAUUGUCGCGAGGAUUGGAGCUUCAAGCCCUGCAGAGCGAGCUAUUAGAUCUGAAAAGCGCCGUCGUGGAUACAUAUUUGCACCCACCAGGUGCUAGGAAGAGUCUGGAAAAGAAAGAGAUAUCGAUGCUUCUACAACCAGCCUUGUUGGACAAAGGAGUUCAGGUUGUGCAGGCGACUACGGACACUAGACAUUGUGUCGAGAGCUUUGAGACUGGUGGUGCUCUUUGCACAGCAGUGAAGAAAGCCUGUCAAACGGUUGUAGAGCCACACAAGAAAGCGUACAAGAAGCAGAGUGAAGCCCGAGAUCAGACUAGUAUGAGCACUGAGGAGAUUACAGCUUUGUUUCAACGAGGUCAGGUUGAAGAGGAGCUGUCGACUGCAGGAAGCUACCGUCUUUUGUUUGCGACAUAA